ACAGAAACAAAUGGAACUGAUCAUAUCAAUACGGCGGAAACUGGGUGUACCCCUUCAUUUGAAACAGCAACUUCAAUUCAGUCACAGGACAAUUGCCCAUUAGAUGAUGGGAUCCGAACAGUUACAUCUGAUAAACGCAACAAUGCGGCAUAUAGUUCUGGCAGUAAAGCAGCCGAUCCAUCAGUUCAGAAAGGGUCAUUAAAUGGACAGGCUAACGAAGAAAGAUCGACUGAACGAAUUACCGCUAAUGAGAUUAACAAAAACUUUGAAGAAAAGAAUUUUGAGCCGGACAGCAAAACUGAUAAAACAUACAGUACCAAACAAAUAUCUUUAAACAGACACAGUAACAUAUCUGAAACUGAGGCUCAUGAUGUAAAUGUAAAUGUGAUUGGUGCCAUAAACAACGAUGAUAGCAAAGCUAAUGGAACUCUAUCCCACACGAGCAUAGAUGCUGGCGGUGUUCCUUCGAGGCAUGUUCAACCAGUGACGUCAUCAUUGCAAAGUUCUAGAGAUAAGACAACAGAAACAAUUGAAACUUAUCAUAUCAGUACGGUUGAAACUGGGUGUACCCCUUCAUUGGGAGCUGUAACUUCAGUUCAGUCAGACGGUAAUGGACAAUCUGAUAAUGGGAACGGGACAAUUUCAUCUGAUAAACGUUGGUAUGAAGUGUUUACCUUCAUGUCUUACAGAUUAAACUGGAACACGUUUUUGAAGAUCUACAGACGGCUUUUAGCGGACACAGAUAGCAAGGCGUUAUCAUAUGUUGAAGCUGAUAUUGAGAACACUCGCCAAGAAUAUCAGUCUGUCAAAGAGACAAUAUACCGGCUAAUGAAUAAGUGGAAGCAGAGGAACCCUAAUGGCACAAUGCAAAGUAUUGUUGAGGCAUUAGACAAAUGUGGGGAGAAGCUCAUGAGCGAAAAGCUAAUGUCAUUUAUAAACAAUCUUACAAAAACUGGUUAAUGGUGCUUAAAAGAGUGCUAUUGAGCCAUACAUUGGUGAAUGACAUGCUCGUGGUGAGCUUCCUACAUCUGUACUGACUGUAGACAAUGGACGAAUUGUGCAAGGAUGUGUUUAGCAAAGAAAUCAUUCCUAAUACCGUGAGCUAUAUGAUAUAUAUUAUAACAAUAAACUAGAGAGUUCCUGUAAGAAAUAAUAAUGCUCAAAUAAGCCAACCUAGACGUUGUAAAGGAAAAAAAGAAAACAAACAAAAUACAAAUAUAGAAUAAUAUAAGCCACAAAAAACACCGUAUAUGCUUUGCAGUUCUUCUUCAGUAUAAUGUAUUCGGUGAACACUGUAUGUAAUUUUCAUAACAUCUGCUAAAAUGAGUGACUUAGAAAUGUAGUUUUUUCAAUUACUACACAUAAUUAUACAAAUUAUCUGCAAAAUAUAUUCGGUUUUGAUCUCAUUAUGUAAAUACUGUGUGAUUAGAUAUGAUAGAUAUUGUAUAUUUCUUUUGUGUCAGUUUCCAAGUUUAAAGAAGUAUUAAUAGCCGCGCCAUAACAAAAACAACAUAAUGCGUCUGCGACAAGCAUGGAUCCGGACCAGCCUGCGCAUCCACGCAAUCUGAUCAGGAUCCUUGUUGCUCGCUAUCAGUGUCUCCACUUGUUAUAGUGUUUGUAAGCGAACAGCAUGUAUCCUGAUCAGACUGCGUGGAUGCACAGGCUGGUCUGGAUCCAUGCUGGUCGCAAACGCAUUAUAUUGGUUUUGUCAUGGCGCGGCUCUUAUUAUUAUUUUAGUAGUAGUAGUAGUAGUAUGUUGUGCCAAAGGGAAACUUGAAAUUGUCACAUAUUCUUAAUCAUCAGCAACUUUGCUGUUUAAUUUUACCGUAAAAACAUUAUACAUUUCGUGUUCUCUCAGCUGGAACAAGCUAGUCUUGCUACCAUGUAUUAACAAUCUUUUUUACAAACAAUUUGUACGAUACUUUAAGAUAUUGCCGCUGAACCUCAUAUCAAGUUUUUCGAUUAUUGAAUUCAUCCUAGUCUGGUGCUAGUUUGCUUUAGAGAUAUUUCAUUGUUCUUUGUAUCUCUAGAAUAGUUAGUAAGUUAAUUAUUAUAUUGAUAUACAUGUACGUAAAUGCUCCCUACUUGAGGGGCCUGCCUUCUGUAGAAUGUUUAAUAUAAGAAUUAGGGUUUAGUAAGGGGACCUUCAAUGUUCCAUUUUGUUCAUUUUAUAGAUUUUCAUCGUAAUUUGUAAACGUAAUUUGGUUAAAUUGAAUAUGUAAAUAUUGUUUAAAAGUCAUUAUUUUCUAUAUGGGUAUUCAGUGUUGAUAUUCGUUAUUUUUUAUACAGAGUUUACCAAAAUUAAAUUAAUUAUUGAUAUAUGUUUAA